GGAGGGAGGGGGGGGGGCAUCAGCAGUCCAUUUUAUAUUUUAUACUUUAUAGCAUUGGGGAGAUAUUCGAUACAGGGAUUUAAACAGAAAAUUUGUGCGCGUAUUGUUUAAAUAUUGUGUAUUAUAAUAUAUUAAUCACAUUUAAUAAUAAUUUAAACUUAUGUCACAUGUGCGAGAAAUAAAUUGGAUAACUCAAUUAAAAAGACCAGCAUGAAAUGAAAUACUUGCUGAUAUAAUAUAUAUAGAUAUAUAUACACAACAUUUAAGAAUUACAGACAGUUCUCUUUAUAGAAACCCACAAUUAUACGCACACAUUUAAGAGCAAUUGUAUUAUCAUGAAUGAAACUUUAGAAGUACAAAAUAAAGAUUCUGUCAUUAGUGAGCAAGAACGCGAUUUAGCACAAAAUGCACUGUCAGAAUUUCAAAAAGGCUCGUAUGUAUUAUGCUUAUCAUACUUGAAUAAGUUAGAAAGCCUUCGGCCUAUGGAUCUCAAAGUUACGCAUAACAAAGUUGUGGUGGAAUAUUAUAAAAGUGACUUGAAAAAGACUGAAUUAAUGCGAAAAAGUUUAAUCGCCAUAUGUGGCCAAAUAUCAGCAGAUUCCAGCGAGGCCAUAGAUGAUGUCGAGAAGUGUGUUAUGAGAUAUAAUCAAGCUGUUUUGUUGUAUCACACUAAACAAUAUAAUGCUGCACUUCAAAUCAUGACCAGGCUAUUUGCUUUUAUCGAGCCAAUGGAGGAAACUUUAGCAAACAAAGUUUGUCUGCUACUGAUUGAACUAUAUAUAACAAUGGAGCAACCGGAUGCAGCUCUGUCAAUAUUAAAUUAUGUGGAGAGUCAAUAUGUAUCUAUCGACGGUUGUAAAAUAUCAUCCGUUGACAAGGAUGGAGUAAUCAAAUCUAAAAUAAAAGAGCAGAAAGAACAAAAGAAAGACGUCAAUGAUACUGUGACAGAUGCAUUCAAAAUUAAACUCUUAAAAUGUAAAGCAAGAAUAUAUCUUUUGACUCAUCAAUUAAAACUCUGCAAAAAAGAGUGGAAGACGAUAGUUUCGCUAGGCAUAUUAGCGAAUACAUCAACAAUUUUUUUAAAGGCUAAUUUGGAGUAUUUACGAGGAAAUUACAAGAAGGCAAUGAGAUUGUUGAAUUCUGCAACAAUAGAGAUAUUAGAUUUCAAAUUAUGUGGGGAAUCUUCGGCCGUUUUAUAUUAUAAUAAUAUAGCAUGCCUAUACCUUGCAAUGGGCAAACCAAAUUUAGCUUGCUUUUAUCUUCAAAAAGCUCUGCAUGAAAACAAAUGUGCAGUGGAGAGUGUGCAAGUCAAAGACACUGAUCCUUUAUUUUCUCAGUCGCUAUACACACUUGGUGGUAAUAAACAUUAUGAGCUGAUGUACAGUUUAGGUGUAUCAUUGUUGCAUGCUAGUCAAGCAUCAAAAGCUUUUGAUUGCUUCACAGAAGCAGCACAAAAGUUGCAUAAUAAUCCUAAACUUUGGCUCAGAAUGGCAGAAUGUUGUAUCUAUAAUCAUAAAUAUUCGAACAAAGUGGACUUUAAUAUUCCAAAACGACGGAAAGAUUUGGUACAGAAAGUUAUAGGUUCCGGUAUUCAUAAGAAAAUUAUACUGGCCGCAUCUCUUUCAAAAGAUGUUAAUUAUCAUUCGGAAGGCCUAUCCUAUGCAAUACCACAACCAACAUUGGAGUUUGGAUCAUUAUGCCUGAAGAAUGCAUUAUUUUUAUUACCAAAUAAUAAUGAGCCAAAUGUGCCUCAAACAGCCAUAAUAAAUGCACAAACAGUGACAAGUUCACUACCAUUAACAUCUGGUCACAACUUGGGUAUGCAGCAUGCAACGUUAAUAUCCCAAGCUACAAUUAUCGAAUCUUUUAACUUAAAAAUUAGUGUAUUAGCUGCUAGCGCAUAUGUUUCUUUGUGUCUUGGAGAUUAUGUAAUGUCCCUUGAACAUGCAAAGUCUCUACUAAGUUUUAAUAAGUUGCCUGGGGCAUAUAAACUGUUAGGUAAUUUAUAUGCCGCUGAAAGUCUGAUCUUUAUGGAUAAAAUUAGCGAAGCACUCGAAUAUCUCAAGCCGGAAAAUCUUCAAGACUUGCAUACAUUUAUAUCAAUGCCGGAAGUUCAAGAGAAAGAUAAAGAAAAAAUGGAAGAAGUUACGGCAAAGCCUACAAAAGCAUGGUAUCCUACUACGGUUUCUACAGGCAUUGCUGUGUUACGUUACAACUUGGCUGUGGCCUAUGCCAUACGAGGUGAACUAGAUAAAUCUGGAGAAACCUUAAAGCAAGUAUGGAUGUCGAAAGAAUCAGAUUGUGAUAUACCUAUACAAGUAAUAAUGCUGGCAUUGUACAUAGAGCUACAACUAGGUCAUGCUGACAUUUCAAAAUCGAUAAUAAAACAACAUUGUCCACAAUAUCGUUAAUAAUUAAGAUAUGUCUUGACUCUAAAGCUACAGAUAUUUAUAGAUAAUUAAAAUAUUUUUACUAGUAUGUGUGUGUGCGCGUGUGCGUGCAUGUGUGCGUGUGUGUGUGUAUAAAAUAUUCUUAUAUUAAUAACAAUAACUGUUAUAUAAAUGUCCUAAACAUACAAAACUGAAACAUUGAAACUUUUAAGAGAAGACUGGUAAAAAUCUGUUUUUAAAGAAAAAAACAUUUUGUCUUUUUGUAUCACAUUAAAAAUUUCAGUAAAUCUUU